UCCCACCACUUGUGUCUUUCUUAAAAGCCAAAACCCAAUGAUGUUUGUGCCACAACAACCAACUCUAUCAGUUUCUCCUAUAGUUCUAUACCUCUGAACCAAAAACCCUUUUCACCUCAGAUUCAUUCAAAACUUGUAUUAUCCAUCAUUCAAUUCUGUUUUUAUUUAUGGGGGCUGGUAUUUCUUCAACUGCAUCAGAAAAUGAUGAUUGUUGGGGCUCUCUUUCUCUGCCAUCAAAGACUGGUCUUGAUGAUGUGCCAGAAAACUGCAUCUCUUCCCUGCUGAUGAGUCUUGAUCCACAAGAGAUUUGUAAGUUGGCCAGAGUCAACAAAGCUUUUCAUAGAGCUUCCUCUGCUGACUUUCUUUGGGAAUCAAAGUUGCCCCCAGGCUACAAAUUUCUUGUUAAUAAAGUUUUGGGGGAAGAAAAACUUGGUUCCAUGACCAAGAAAGAGAUCUAUGCCAAACUAUGCCAACCCAAUUUCUUUGACGGUGGUGCCAAAGAAAUUUGGCUGGACAGAUGCAGUGCACAAGUUUGUUUGCUCAUUUCACCAAGGUCUUUGAAGAUAACAGGAAUAGAUGAUAGAAGAUACUGGAAUUAUAUUCCGACUGAGGAAUCAAGGUUCAAUAGUGUUGCAUAUCUUCAACAAAUGUGGUGGGUUGAAGUACUAGGGGAGCUAGAUUUUGAAUUUCCCAAAGGGAACUAUAGCAUAUAUUUUAGGCUCCAAUUGGGGAAAACUUCAAAGAGAUUGGGGCGGCGCGUGUGCAACCUUGACCAGGUUCAUGGCUGGGACAUCAAGCCCGUUAGAUUUCAGCUAUCUACAUCCGACGGCCAGAGUUCAUUGUCCCAGUCUUAUUUGCGUGGGCCUGGAGAAUGGGCUUUCUACCAUGUUGGAGACUUUGCCAUUGAGAGGCCCAAUGUGUCCACAAACAUCAAGUUUUCUUUGGCUCAAAUUGAUUGCACUCACACCAAAGGUGGUCUCUGCAUUGAUGGGGCAGUGAUUUGUCCAACAGGGUCAAUUGACAAAUUGAAACAAUUUUAGCUAAGGAUAGUUCACACUGUGUUUUCAGUUAAGCACUGUUGUGUGAGAUAGAGAAAGUAGGUCUUUUUUAAUCAUUUCUUUUUUUUAUUACUAUUAUUAUUUAAUUUUAUCAGAUUUUGCAUAAUGUGAAUAGUUGAGUGAUGAGUUUGAAAAGCACAAAGAGUGUUGGAUUUUGAGACCAGACAAUCUCUGGACAAGAUUUAAUUGCUUGUAUAUAUGGUGAAUCUUGUGUUGGGUA